AUGUCACACACGAUCUUCUCCCCGACCGAGACCAUAUGGGAUGUAGCAGCAGUUCUCGAGAUUGUUGAAGACGGGACCUGUGUCGGUGAAGCAAACUGCCAUGGGGGAAGUUGCGGCUGGAACCUCGACUGCACCGCGCUUGAAGAUAGCGCCAGAAUCCUAGAUUUCCUGGAUUCGAGACGCCCGGAUCCCGUACGCCUUCGCCGUUAUUUGCUCGUUCUUGCCGACCAUAACUUGUGCCAGUGGCAUAAGAAGCAAAGAAAGGAUACCCUCGAAAAGUGGUGCCGGAAGGUUAGACGCUAUGUCAAUGCCAACGAGCUUCCGGACCCUAUUCCCUCGAAUGCAGCACCCCGACCUUCCGCUUCCUCUACGCGGCCAUCCACAACUCAAGCACAUACUGCUCAAAACCUGGAGGAUCUCCUGGCCAGGGUGAGCCAAAUGAGCAUUGGCAGCGGUGUGUCGCGUAAUACAGGUAUUGCUGUUGCGACUCCAGUCGCAGGGUCCGGGAGCAGCGUUCCUUCUGAGACUGAACCCGGCCCGGUAUCUUAUGCUACAGCGCCUAGCACUUUAAGGAAUGAGGCCGACGCGGGAUCAAACUCGGGGCUUCGCCAGAACCACAGACUGGACCUUUCUUCAUCUUCCCAAGAUGGCACUGGGGAAGGUGAAAUCCCCACAACGACCACUCACCAGGUUUCUCGCAGUGCUUCUAAGAAGAGUUACACCGUUAGGAAUAGUCAUUUCUGCAGGGCGGGCGCAGCUAAAUACAGAUAUUUCUAG